GGAUUUGUACAAGGAAGGGACAUUCUUAACAAUGUCAUGCUAACCCUCGAGGCCCUAGAGACAAUUUGUGAAGACCAACCGGAAAUGGUGGCCCUUCUCCUGGAUCUGGAGAAGCCCUAUGACCGAGUGAACUGGGAUUUUGUCCUGGAUACUCUGCGACUAGCUGGCUUUGGGGACACCUUUUGCCGGUGGGUGCAGGCGCUGUACACAACUAGCACGGGGAGGGUUAUGGUCAACGGGGAAAUCUCAGAAAGUUUUCCGCUUACUCGCUCCCUGAGGCAAGGGUGCCCUUUAGCCCCUAUGCUCUUCGUAAUACAAAUGGAGGUGCUGCUCUCCAUGAUUAGAAAUCAUCCUGCCAUUGUUGGUCUGCAGUUAGGCCACGGUAACCAAUGCAAAGCGUCCGCCAUGGCGGACGAUCUGUUUGCCAUGACUAUUAAGAAUGAAACCUCUCUGAAUGCUCUCAAGUUUUGUUUGGAUACGUACUCUAAAUUCUCAGAGGCUCUUGUAAACUGGUCUAAGUCUGUGGCUAUUCUCAAGCAAGAUGCUAACUUGGCUGUGGAUUGGGGGCUUAAAUGCCUCCUUGCGGAAGGGUGUGAUCGGUUCCUGGGUGUGCAGGUUGGGAUAGGGGGUGGGGAGGAGGAUGGAAGUGCCGGGAGGGGGAUACGGGGGGGGGAGAAGGUGCAGGCCGUGGAGAGAUCAUGGGAGUCGAGGGAGGAGGCGCAGGGGUCCCAGGGGGCGAGGCUGAGGGUAGGGAAGGCGGCGGUGACGGGAUCGGGGGAGGAGGACCAGGCGGGAGAAGAGGGGACCACACUGGCGAUGGAGGGGAGAAGUCCCCAGAGUCCUCGGCCGGGCCCUGCUGCUCAUCGGUCCAUUGAACAUCCUCAAUGGGGAGGUGGUGGGGAGGUGCUUCAGCCGGCUCGGUGGGGAGGUGGUGGGGAGGUGCUUCAGCCAGCUCAGUGGGGAGGUGGUGGGGAGGUGCUUCAGCCAGCUUGGUGGGGAGUUGCUUCGACCGUCUCGGUAGGGAGGUGCUUCGACCGGCCCGCUGGGGAGGUGGUGGGGAGGUGCUUCGGCCGGCUCGGUGGGGAGGUGGUGGGGAGGUGCUUCGGCGGGCUCGGUGGGGAGGUGGUGGGGAGGCGCUUCGGCUGGUCGGGGAGGUGCUUUGGCCGCCUCGUUGGGGAGGUGUUGGGGAGGUGCUUCAGCCGGCUCCGUGGGGAGGUGGUGGGUAGGUGCUUCGACCGGCUCGGUGGGGAGGUGGUGGGUUGGUGCUUCGGCCGGGUCGAUGGGGAGGUGCUACAGCCGGCUCGGUGGGGAGGUGGUGGGUAGGUGGAUCGGCCAGCUCGGUGGGGAGGUGGUGGGGAGGUGCUUCGGCCGGCUUGGUGGGGAGGUGGUGUGUAGGUGCUUCGGCCGGCUCGAUGGGGAGGUGGUGGGUAGGUGCUUCGGCCGGCUCGGUGGGAAGGUGGUGGGUAGGUGCUUCGGCCGGCUCAGUGGGGAGGUGGUGGGGAGGUGCUUCGGCCGGCUCGGUGGGGAGGUGCUUUGGCCACCUUGGUGGUGUUACAUGCCCGGUUGGGCGAUGUACAUAUAAACCGAGAAUCCGCAAUGUGAUAAAAAGGACUGAAUGGA